AUCAAACCAAGAUCAUGUGGAUGUGGUGGUACCAAUUGCCCUCCGAUCGCUUUCCCUCAACAACACAUUCACACGACUCAAUGAAUAAAUAAAUAAAUACACACUUUCCAUCGACUCCUUCUCCUUCCCCGUCUCAAUUGCAAUUGCAAUUGCAAUGGAAGGAUUGGUCAAGGGACUGAUUAAUGUCGCCUUGGGAGACAACGAUGACGAUGGGAAUGGGAGACGGAACGAUCAAAGCAGGGAGGAACGGUCCAGAUCCACUUGGGCGCAGGUUGUGUCUGAGGAAAAGGACCACGAGGAUGAUCGGAACAGACGUCAGGGCCAGGGUCAGGGUCAGGGUCAGGGUCAGGGACAACACACAGCAUCAUAUCAGCGACCAUAUCAACGUAGGGAGGAGGAAUGGGAAUCAGACUGCUCACAAGGACGACUUCCAGAGGGACAUCCACGGGAGGACGAUGGAGACAAUGAUGGUUGGGAAACAGUACACAAGAAGCCUUCUAAACGGCGGCAAAAGGUGCCUAAGGAGAAGUGGAAUGACUACAAGAAGCCACCUACAGAGCAGAAUUACGCUAAUGAGGUCGACUGCCGUGGUGACUUAGAUCCCUCAGAAGAAGAGCUUUACGAUCUAGCAAAGGCUGCAAACAAACUGUGGGAACUUGAUUUGAACCGUUUAGUACCUGGAAAAGAUUAUGAGAUUGAUUGUGGUGACGGGAAAAAAGUCUACCAGAAGGAAGACAUGGCAGAAGGGAGCCUGUUCGCCUGGUUGAGUGAUGAUAUAUUGAGGAGGCCUACGUACUCUCGUUUCUGUUCUCUUCUUGAUAAUUAUAAUCCACAUGAAGGGUAUAAAGAAGUCGUAACACCUGAGGAGAGACAAGAGCAAGCAGCAUUUAUAGAAGAGAUCAGCAGAACAGCCCCUAUUAAGUACCUGUACAAGUAUCUGUUAGCCAAGGGCAAAGCACCGGAGAAUUAUCAAGAUUUCAAGCGAAUUUUGACAAGUCUCUGGUUCGAUCUUUAUGGUCGAGGUGGCACAUCUAGCUGUUCUUCUGCUUUCGAACAUGUUUUUGUUGGAGAAAUCAAAUCUGGACAGCCAGAAGUAUCUGGAUUUCAUAACUGGAUUCAGUUCUAUCUGGAAGAGUCAAAGGGAAAUGUGGACUAUCAAGGCUAUAUAUUUCCUCGACGGCGUGGUGACACACCCGACUCAGAGACACAGCUGCUUACCAUUCAGUUUGAAUGGAAUGGCAUUCUGAAAGCUGUGUCGAGCACCUUGAUUGGAGUGAGCCCCGAGUUUGAGAUUGCAUUGUACACUCUAUGCUUCUACUUGGGAGAAGAAGAUAACCAUGUCGAACUUGGUCCAUAUAAUGUAAAUGUCAAAUGCUACCGCCAUGGGAACAAGCUUGGAUCUGCUUUUCCGGUGACUUGAAACACCGUGGUAAGCUUUGGCUAACCUUUAAGGAUGUGUUAUAUUAUGACCUUUUGAUGAAGAUACUAAAUUAUUUGGAUAAAAAAUUGAAGACAUAAUUGCUAUGGGUUGGCUUGUGAGUGUCUUUUAUGUCCAACCUUGUGUGAGGUGAUUGAUAAUCAUAUUAUGUGAUGUUUGAGGACUGAAUUAUAUGUAAUGUUUGUAUAGACAAUGCUAUAAGUUUAAAUAAGAUGUUGAUUAGGUGAUAA